CGCUGCUGCUGCUCGUGGCGCUGCGGGCAGGACUGGCAGCUCCCUGUGUCUCUGGUGGUUUGCCUAAACCUACCAAUCUCACCUUCUUAUCUAUAAACAUGAAGAAUGUCCUACAAUGGAAUCCACCGGAAAGUCUACAAGGAGUUGACGUCACUUACACCGUGCAAUAUUUUAUAUAUGGGCAAAAGAAAUGGCUGAAUACAUAUGAAUGCAGAAAUAUUAGUAGGACCUACUGUGAUCUUUCUGCUGAAACUUCAGACUACGAACACCAAUAUUAUGGCAAAGUUAAGGCCAUAUGGGAGACAAAUUGUUCGAAAUGGGCUGAAACUGGACGAUUCUAUCCUUUUUUAGAAACACAAGUAGGCCCACCAGAGGUUGCCCUGACUACUGGUGAGAAGUCCAUUUCUAUUGUCCUGAAGCCUCCAGAGAAAUGGAAAAGAAAUCCAGAGGAUAGUUCUGUUUCAAUGCAACAAAUAUUCUCCAAUAUGAAGUAUAAUGUGUCUGUAUAUAAUACAAAGUCACAUAAAAUGUGGUCCCAGUGUGUGACCAACCACACGCUGGUGCUCACCUGGCUGGAGCCAGACACACUGUAUUGUGUACGCGCGGCCUCCUUCAUCCCGGGCCCCCCUCGCCUUGCUCAGCCUUCCGAAAAGCAGUGCAUCAGUACUCCGAAAGAUCAAACAUCAGCGUUAAAGAUUAAAAUCAUCUUCUGGUAUGUUCUGCCCAUAUCCGUUACCGUGUUUCUUGUUUCUGUGAUGGCCUAUUCCAUCUACCGAUAUGUCCACGUCAGCAAAGAGAAACACCCAGCAAACCUGAUUUUGAUUUAUGGAAAUGACUUUGACAAAAGGUUCUUUGUACCUGCUGAAAAGGUCGUGAUUAACUUUAUCACCCUCAGUAUUUUGGAUGAUUCUAAAGUUGCGCACAAGGAUAUGAGUACACUGGAAAAAAGCAGCCAUGGUGACGGUGACGUCUCCAACCCUGGCGCUGGGGAGCCAGGCAGGACCCUGGGGACCCUUCAAGAGGAAGCGGAGGUGCAGCAUUUGGGGUAUGCAUCCCAUCUGCUGGAGAUUUCCUCUGACUCAGUGGAAGACACCCGGUGUGCUUCUGGAGCCCAGCAGGAGCCUCUACUCAGAACGAUACCCAUACCCACAGGUAACAUGACCAUUGAAUAUGAGCAUGAUGUAAGGACUACUGACUUGUGGGCGAGGCCUGAAGAUCAAGAGCUCACUUUGCAGAAGGAGUCCGUACAGGGAAAAGUACUUGAGCGACAGGCAGCCUUAGCAAACUUGAGCCCUCAAGCUUUCCUGUCCUCAUACAGCCCUCAGCUCAGAGACUUAGACCACGGAACUCAGGAGGGCGCAGACUCAGAAGAGGAGCCAGAGCAGGAGCCAUCCAUGACCUUGGUUGAUUGGGACCCUCGGACUGGCAGGCUGUACAUCCCUUCUUUAUCGAACCUUGAGCAGGACUCAGCGGGCUGGGGGCAUUCUGAGUAUGGUGGGUUCACGGAGCAGGGCCUUUUGUCUACACUCUAUGAGGAGCAGGCUCCGGACAAGCCCCUAGAGGAGAAUGAAACCUACCUCACGCAGUUCAUGGAGGAGUGGGGGCUGUAUGUACAAAUGGAAAACUAAAGCCAGAGCUUGCCUUUCCCACACCCCCGCCAUGACAAGGCAUCGUGAGUGUAGACAAAUCAGUGAUCCAACAAUAAAGCAC